CUAACAGCGUGCUGUUGGUGAUACCAGAGAAACGGGCUCUGGUAAUACAUAGUUUGAAAGUCAAAUACCUAGGUUAUAAGCUCUAGGCAAGUGUACGCGUUCACAUGCGUACUAUAGCUAUGUAUUCAUGCCACAGUGACGGCUGAUGGCGCGGCGGAGCGGGAGGAGAGCGAGGAGGAAGAGAAGGAAACGAGAGGGAGUAGCAGCUGUCCAGUCAGUGACGUUGUCUCAUGAGCCUCCGUUUGUGUGUCUGAGAAGGUGGCUGCAGAAGCGAGGCUUCAGCUCACGACUGCUGCUCCCAGCACACUUCUCAGAUACUGGAAGAGGUCUUCUCAGCCUGACAGCUCUCCAGCCAGGUGAACUACUCAUCUCCUUACCGGAGUCUUGUCUACUGACCACAUCUACCGUUCUAAAAAGCUACCUGGGGCAGUACAUCAAGAGGUACACAGUACAAGUGCAAGCGUGUUUCAACGAGGUGUCCAGAUGUUAUGAGGUACACAGCCUUCAAGGCUGCCACAAGUUCCAACAGGCCUUCAUAUGCUACGGUCCCCAUGACAACCAGCGCCUGCUGCUGGAGUAUGGCUUUGUCGCCCCCGACAACCCCCAUGGAGUGGUUUACGUGGAGGAAGGGCUCCUGCAAAAGUGUGUUUGUGCUGAAGGCAGAGGCCAGCUGGAACAGAAGUUGCUCUUCCUCAAACAACAUGACUUACUACAAAAUCUGACCUUUGGCGUUGACGGGCCGUCCUGGAGACUAAUGACUGUUCUAAGACUACUGUCACUGAGACCCGAACACUACCCCCAGUGGAAGAGCGUCCUGCAGGGGGCAGCAGUGAGUGAGGAAACGGAGCAGCUGAGCGUCCUCAUGGCUGCUCACACCUGCCAGCUGCUGCUGCAGGACACCGCCACCAUUCUGGACCAGAUCUCCAGGCUGAGAGAGCAGUGUGACCGGGUUCUGAGGGAGCAGUUGGAGGUGGUGGCUCAAUUACGUCAAGAGGAGCAAGGCAUUCUGGGUAGUUCCUUAGAUGUGUUGCGGAGGCUCCAGGCGCACAGCCAGGCUGAGUGAAGCAAUAGAUGUCUCUGAUAGGUCAACAUCAUCGCUGCCUGUCUAAUCACAAGUGUCCUCUCCAUGCACCUGAAAAACAUGGGUCUUAUGAACAACUAUGAACUCCUUGAUCGGGGCUGAUUGCAGUGCCUGCUUCCUUCAGACUGUGUGGGUACAGAUCUCAGAUCUGGCCUGGGCUUGCUUUUACACCAGGCAGCUGAACAAACAGACACCACACAUUUUAUAUAAACAAGGAAAAACUUUAUUAGCCUUUAUUAGGCGGC